AUGUCUACACUUUUAUCUGCUAUUCUUGUAGCACUCUAUUGCGUUAGCUUUGUCUCUGCUACUACUGGCAUUGCCAAUUGUCAAUGUAAAUGCAGUGUGCCAACAAAGAGAGCUGCACAUGAACCAAUUGAUAUUGGUUCAGUGAACAUAAGAACUGCUGCAUGUGACAAUGACGAAUGUCUUAGAGCCUGUAACGAUAAAUAUCCAUUAUGUGAAUCAAGCAGAGGUGUAACACAAGGUUUAUGCAGAGAUGUUGAUGUAGACCCACCAACAACUGAGCCAACAACAACAACAACAGUUGCACCAACAACAACAACAACAGUUGCACCAACAACAACAACAACAGUUGCACCAACAACAACAACAACAGUUGCACCAACAACAACAACAACAGUUGAACCAACAACAACAACAACAGUUGCACCAACAACAACAACAACAGUUGAACCAACAACAACAACAACAGUUGCACCAACAACAACAACAACAGUUGCACCAACAACAACAACAACAGUUGCACCAACAACAACAACAACAGUUGUGCCUACCUCAACCACCGGAAGUGUAACCACUGCUCCCGGCUCAACAAUGACUACACCAAAGUCAAGUGCUGGUGCUAUUAAAUCCGUUUUUCAAUUUUCACAUUUUCUUCUCUUUACUGUUGUGCUUACAUUUUUAUGUAUGUAA